CAUAUCCCUCUGCCCAGCUUCCAGAAGUUUCCUUGUGUCAGUAUAAAUAAAGGUUUGCACAGGGGCUCAGUUCUACACCUCCAAGUCACUGAGAAGCCAAGAGGAGCCGUGCACCGCUGAAACCAGUGCUGUGAUUGUUCUCGAGAAUGAAAAUGGCAAACGUUGACAACACUAUGAAAAUCUAUCAAGACAUCCGCUGUUGCUCAAGUGCUCAGACAGAAUGUGGCUGACCAAUGCUGUAGUCCUGCUCUCUCUGGCUCUGGCUCUGGCUCUGGCCAUCUCCUCCGAGGAGCCCAAGCUCAGCAGCCAUGCCACCAUGUUGGCAGACAACAGCGCCAACCUGGCCUUCAACCUGUACCACAACGUGGCAAAGGAGAAAAACCUUGAGAACAUCCUCAUCUCCCCCGUGGUGGUGGCCUCCUCUCUGGGCAUGGUGGCCCUCGGGGGGAAGUCCUCCACCGCCUCCCAGGUGAAGAGUGUGCUGAGUGCCACGCAGCUGAAGGAUGAGCACCUCCACAGCGGUCUCUCUGAGCUGCUGUCCGAGGUGAGCGACUCCGACAAGCGCAACGUCACCUGGAAGAUCAGCAACAGGCUCUAUGGUCCUAGCUCCGUCAGCUUCGCCGAUGAUUACGUCAAGAACAGCAAGAAGCACUACAACCUCGACCACUCGAAGAUCAACUUCCGCGAUAAGCGCAGCGCCGUCAAUGCCAUCAACGAGUGGGCCUCCAAAUCCACUGACGGCAAAAUGCCUGAGGUCACUAAAGAUGUGCAGAACACAGAUGGAGCCAUGCUCAUCAACGCCAUGUUUUUCAAACCUCACUGGAACGAGAAGUUCCAUCACAAGAUGGUCGACGACCGUGGAUUUAUGGUGACCCGCUCAUACACCGUGUCCAUUCCCAUGAUGCACCGCACUGGUCUGUAUGACCAUUAUGAGGACACUGAGAACAGGCUGUUCCUGCUGAGCAUGCCACUGGCCCAUAAGAAGUCCAGCGUGGUCUUCAUCAUGCCCUACCAUGUGGAGCCUUUGGAGAGGAUCGAGAAGCUGCUGACCCGCAAGCAGCUGGACACCUGGAUGAGCAAGAUGGAGGAAAAGGGAGUCGCCAUCUCUCUGCCCAAAGUCAAUAUGGAGGUCAGCCACAACCUGCAGAAACAUCUUGCUGAACUGGGUUUGACUGAGGCUGUGGACAAGAGCAAAGCUGACCUAUCAAACAUCUCUGGCAAGAAAGAUCUGUACCUGUCCAACGUCUUCCAUGCGUCCUCGCUGGAGUGGGACACGGAGGGGAACCCCUUCGACCCCAGCGUCUUUACUAAUGAGAAACUCAAGAGUCCCAAGCUCUUCUAUGCUGACCAUCCCUUCAUCUUCCUGGUGAAGGACAACAAGACCAACUCCAUCCUCUUCAUUGGCCGAUUAGUGAGGCCCAAGGGGGAUAAAAUGCGUGAUGAGUUGUGAUGAAACGUAAACAUUCUCCCAAGCUAAAGGAUGUUUAUGGGUGUCAAGUUUAGAGUUCACUUUGAUGGGUAUGUCUGUUACCUGAAGAGCUCAUUCCAGUAGAUUAUUCUGUGGGCUGUCAAGCUUAGCCUUUUGAUCUGUGGAUGCAUAACAUCUGAUAGAGCCCAUGGGAUGUGUAUAGCAUUCUGUCCCAUUGCCCUGUGUGUGAAUAUCAACCCUUGAAUGAAUAGCUCACUAUUUUCACCAUUUUGAAUCUAAUGUUCAACAUGAGAUCAUUACUGUUCUUUGUCUUUGUGAUGCUGAGUCAAAGCCUUGACAGACAGCAUGCUUAUAUUAAGUAAGAUCUCUUCUGUUUGCCUCCAAUCAAAUUCAGCAACAGCUUCUGAUGUAGAUUCCUAUUUUCGCUGCUGAGUUCUCCUUUUUUCCGUUUGUGCUAUCUACAUGUGCCAUCUUACAGUAUCUUUAAUGUUUAAAGAAAAGGCUUUUGCGCAUUUGCAGACUUCUGAGGUCCUCACUCCAGUUUCUGCUCUGCAACCCCUCUCCAAGUCACCACUCUCCUGCAUGUAUAUUGUUGUCUGUCUUGCUGCACUGAAUAUGUCCUGCUUCCUCUGCAUUAGAAACAACACACAGAUGAAAUGCUCCACAAUCACAGGCUGCUGUUACUGAAUACAAUGAGACACUAAGAUGCCUUUGGCUUUGCCACAGGACCUCUGUUGGAAUGAUGUUUGUAUGACAUUUUUACAAUAAAAAAAUUUGAAAGAAA